AUGACCUUCCCUUCUCCUUCUCAUUCCGCCAAAUCUUCGAUUGCGUCUGGCACCGACAAAUCCUCCAUCUCCCGGCCUGCAAGGUCUCAACAGUCACCUUGGGGGACUGCUGCGUCUCAGAACACCAUCCGUCGUGGCCUCACGCCGCUCGCGACUAACAUCUCAUCCUCCUCAACCGGCGGCUCUCCAUCCCGUCGUCCUCCACAGUCCCAGAGCCCAGCUCCAAGCACCUCUGCGUCAUCUCCACUGACGUCGUCUUUUUCUGCUGUAUUGAGCUCCACGAGUCGCUUCUCCGUGGGCCGAAGCAACCCAUCACCGGCUUCCACACCAGCGUCUUUCACCGCGCUUCAAGCUGGCGCCCAACAACAGCAGCAGCAGCAACCUGGCCAAUCGCUCACAUCCCCAAAAUUCAGAUCUCUUACUCCUUCCUCAGCACCGCAUCUGGCUACCUCCGCGACUUUAACCAGCGGAGGAGGCGGUAGCGGCGGGGGAGGCGGCGGUGGAGGUGGUUCGGGUAUAUCAAGGGGUGCCACGUUCUCUCCACUUCUGACUGGUGUGAAUUCUCCAACUGGAUUUUCGUCAGAUAAACCGAACUCAGCAGGCGCAUCUAGUGCUGGGGUCAGCUCUAGUCAAUCAUCUCUCUCCAAAAUCUCUGUAGCGCAGGUGUUUCUACUUUUGGACUCUAUCAACGAGAAAGAAGGUAAAGAGAAGUGGGAGACUAAGGCUGCUCAAAUCCAUAAACUUGUUGACUCAAACGGAAUGGAAGUGUUCUCAAAGUAUUUCCGUCGCCUUCUCUCUGGCAAUGCAGCCCAGAUCUUCCCAGGCACAAAUAAGGCGGUCGAAAAUGCUGGAAAUUACCCUUUGUUGGUUCAAGAAAUGCAGAAAGUUUCUCUGGACAUGGACCAAGCUAGGAAGAUCGCUGAAACCAUUGACAGUUCAGAAGGCGACAUUUUUCGUGAUUUUGACCUCUCAACGUUCCUGGACCAUUUCAAACUGGAUCCCAUUGCUAAGGUUGCAUUGAUCCUAGCAUUCAAGAAUGUAAGCAGGACUGAUUUACGAACAAAAGCGGAUGCAAUACUCUCCACCUCUGUACCCCAAUUUCUACAAAGCCUAUCGGCUGUUUCCGACUCAAACAAAGACUUUAACCCAUCCUUUAUCGGCCUUGUCAUCGAACGUUUUAUCUUCAAUCCCCCUAGAAACCUGAACGACGACCUCAAACGGAAACUUAUAUACGCUGCCAGAAUGCGAUUUCAAGCAUCCGAAGCUGAUGUGCCACCCGAUAUUGAAGGGCCGUUACAAAUGUUCUCAUUCUCAGACCCUCGAUUGACACUUGUUCGACAAAUUCAGGCACGCGGACCAAAAUCCUUGGCAAGUCAAGACGCGAUAAUGGAGACUGUUUCUGCCUCUGGAGCCGAUGCCUACAAUGAAGAGCAAAUUGCGAAUACUAUACUUUUUAUCAUCUAUUCGCAAAACUGGCAGCAAUACUCCCUCGAAUUGCUCGUCGCCACCGUUCAACAAAACCAAGGCAACCAUCCAAUCAGUUGGCAGAGGAUCGUCCAGUUCUUUGACAAAGAAGGUCUGAGGAUUGAUGCAAGACAAUUCCUACGACUGUUCAAUGCUCUAUUGCCGGUAGCACACGAUGAUCCCAAUUUUGAUAUCCAGCUGCUUUGGGGCGGAACUUGGCAAAAUAAAGAUGCGCAAUUCUCCUUCGUCACGGCGUUCCUGUCUUCUAAUAUCGAUACUUCUAAGAUCCCGAAUUUCCGAUCAACAUUUCCUAUCAAUAUUUUCGACGAUGCAUCUGAAAUGGUUCGUCAACAGGCAGAAUCCAUUCAAAACAAUCCUCUGCGAUCCCUUGAUGCUGUGAAAGCCAUAUUCGACCUCAUACUUCUCUCUCCCGGAACGUGGGCAUUACCAGAAAGCCAAGCUUUUGUGAAGACUAUCCUACAACAUGACUUACCCACUUUCCUAUGUUCCGCCUUCUCCAUUCCACAGCCCUGGACAAAUGUCCAAAUAAACUUCGUCAUCAGGUCCUUUAUGAUUUUCCUAUCUAAGCGUCAAGAGGGGUAUCAGUUUGCACUUCAUGGCUCCUGGAAAUUGGAUCGCCAGUGGGUCGGCGAACAACUCUUUCAUGCAUUUACUCAGGACCCUUCAUGCACAGAGUUAAUAUAUGAGCAUGCAGUUGAGCAUACUUGGUUAGACUAUCUACUAGGUUUUACGAACGGGCUUGCCAUGGAUCUAGCAUCGUUAGCGCACCGGAAAGACUCCUUUGAUUUGGAACAAUGGGUUAAAAGCGCGGCACGGAAAACUCCCGUGGAUAUGGGUGGUUUGCUCUCGAAAUUUUUACGGAUAAAAGCAGAAGAUGAACUCCGCGUUCAGCGCAAAGAGCAGCCUGCCCCGCAGAUGGUUAGCCUGGCCGUUAAAACGGUCUACGCGCUUCUGUUAAUAUUGGAGGAUUACAUUACGGACCAUGAAAACCUCACCCCGAUUCAACACAUAUGUUUACAAAGCUAUCCUCGGCUCAUCAAUUACGGGGAAGGCUUUGAUGACAUUAUCGACGCCAAUGGUGCUAAUGGAAAUGCUAUUCCAGAGGAGGUAGACAAGCAAAUGAAAGAUCUUUUCGGCAAGAUGUACCGCGAAGAACUAUCUCUUCGAGAGAUUUUGGAGCUGAUGAGGCGCUAUAAAUCUUCCCGUGAGCCUGGCGAACAAGAUCUCUUCACUUGCAUGGUUCAUGGCCUAAUUGAUGAAUAUCAUUGUUACCAUGAAUAUCCGCUAGAAGCGUUAUCGAAAACAGCUGUCAUGUUCGGCGGCAUUAUCAACUUUAACUUAAUAUCUGGGAUACCGCUUAAAGUAGGACUUGGAAUGAUACUUGAUGCAGUGAGGGAUCACGAGCCACACCAGUCCGUGUAUAAAUUCGGCGUCGAAGCAAUUGAACAGCUUAUCAGCCGCCUUCCUGAGUGGCCUGGCUUUUGUGGGCUCCUUUUGCAAGUUCCCAGCCUUCAAGGCAGCGCAAUUUACAGAAAAGCCGAAGACGUACUCCGUGCACAAGGACACCGUAUCGGUGAUUCAGAUAGAGAUGUCAACGGUUUGGCGGAUGGGUUAGCACUCGCAAAUGGCGCUGUUGAUGACCUCGUCGGGACAGACGGCGUUCCUCGAAAAUUCCGCUCACUUUAUGUCGACCCUCCAUUGCGCCCCGAGAUUUAUCGGGAACCCGAAGAAGAUGUUCAUGACAAAAUCCUUUUUAUCUUAAACAACGUUUCAGAACAGAAUAUAAACGCCAAACUUAAGGAUCUACAAGAUGUCCUUCAAGAUGAACAUCACCAAUGGUUUGCAUCGUAUAUUGUUGAGCAGCGAGCGAAAGUGCAGCCUAAUUUUCAACAGCUCUAUCUAGACCUAUUGGACUUGAUCGACGACAAGAUUCUUUGGGCUGAGGUUCUAAGGGAGACUUUCGUUAGCGCGAUUCGAUUGCUGAAUGCGGAAUCUACCUUGAACUCCAGCACUGACCGUGCGCAUCUGAAAAACCUCGGAGGCUGGCUUGGGUCUCUAACCAUAGCAAAAGACAAGCCAAUCAGACACAAGAAUAUUUAUUUCAAAGACCUUCUCAUUGAAGCGUUUGAUACUCAGCGCCUUACGGUUGUCAUACCUUUCACUUGCAAGGUCCUAGGGCAAGCAAUGAAAUCCACCGUCUUCAAGCCGCCGAACCCAUGGCUAAUGGAUAUCAUUGCGUUGCUCAUGGAGAUAUACCAUUUUGCAGAGAUAAAAAUGAUUUUGAAAUUUGAAAUUGAGGUGUUAUGCGGAGAUCUACAGUUGGAUCAUAAAGCAAUCGAGCCCUCCACUUGCAUCAGGGAGCGUCCUCCCCAGCUGGAGGAUAGCUUAACUGCUACAAGCAUUGCUGAGGGUCUGGAAGGUUUUGAUGAGAUGUCUCUCGCCGGUUUGAACCGAGCAAGCCGUAACGAAAGGAUAUCACCAGCUGCUAUUAUUUCCAGCCUUCCCAACCUUGAUCAAAUCCUUGUUUACCCGCCAUCGGCUAAUACCGUAAUGGACCCCCAUGUCCUUCGCCAAAUUGUGCAUACUGCCGUGGAACGCGCGAUUGCGGAGAUUAUUGCUCCCGUCGUGGAGCGUUCGAUCACGAUCGCUUCAAUUUCGACUGCUCAACUGAUACUGAAGGACUUCGCCAUGGAGCCUGAUGAAGAAAAAGUUCGCCAUGCUGCUGGUGCCAUGGUUCGUGCUUUGGCAGGGAGUUUGGCUGUGGUAACAUGCAAAGAGCCGUUGAAGAUCAACAUGACAAAUUACAUUCGCAUGAUCCAACAAGAGUAUGCUGAACAACCCAUGCCUGAAGGGUUGAUCCUUAUGUGCGUCAACGACAACCUAGAUGCCGCUUGCGGUAUUGUCGAGAAAGCUGCGGAGGAAAGAUCUCUCCCGGAGAUCGAGAAAGUCAUCGAAUCCCAAUUAGAAGCUCGUCGCCGACACAGAAUAGCUCGUCCCAACGAACCAUACAUUGAUCCUUCCAUUAGCCGUUGGGGGUUCUUCAUUCCGGAACCGUAUAGGCAAGUUCCUGGAGGCCUUAAUAAGGAACAGUUGGCCAUCUACGAAGAGUUCGCUCACCAAUCUCGCGGAGCGGGCCAGAAUCAUAUCCAAAAUGCUUCGGCAGACUCCAACAAACAACUUCCAGACGUCCUUCAAGAAGGUUUUCCCGCUAUACCUAAUCUGUCCACACCAGCAGAGCAACCGGCUCUCCCUCAUCCGAUGGCACAGACACAGCAGGAUGCCAGUGUACAGCAACAGGCACUUACUACUGCCCAACCACAGCUAAAUGGCUUUUUGCAAUCAGCGAAUCCUCGUGAGAAAGUCGAGAAGCUUGUUACCGACCUCCAGCAAACAGCCCGUGAAGCACCAGAAGAGCAUAUCAAAGAUCUUUGGCGCGACAGCCCCAUCUUACAAGAAUACAACCAGAUUCUCCGUGCGAUUUUAUCAUCACCUAAUGGUGAAGAGCUUGCUCGGCUGACCGCGAUCAAAAUUUGCAGCACUCUGUACACGCAAGCCGAGAAAACUCUGGAAAUCGAAAUCCUUGUCCAUUUGCUUUCGAAAAUCUGUGAGCUCUCAUCGCUCGUUGCCCGCUACACAUGGUCAGUCCUUGCGGAGGUCGAGGAUGGACAAAUGUUCAAUGUUCCGGUGACCGUGGCUUUAAUAGACGCCAGUUUGAUAGAUCUCCACCGUGUUGAUCUGAUCCUUACCAAGUUGAUUAAGGAGAAAAACGUUGCCGCUCUGGAGUUGCUCGCGGCGCUCAUGGCCCGCGUACUCUUCAACGAUGAACCAUCCGCAUUAAGGUCGGAUUUCUCAGGAAGCUUAGCUGCAAUGAACCAGUGGCUAGUUGAAGAUCCAAAUCUCACAAUAGCUAAUGAUAUUAUUUCAAAGCUUCGUGAAUCCGGCAUCCCGGAAUCCGCCAACACCUUGCUUACCGACCAGGCCCGAACAAAGAGGGAUCAAAUGGAAUAUAUCUUCAGUGAAUGGAUUGGAGUGUAUAAGUUUUCUGGGGCAAACGAUAAAAUGCACAGCACGUUCCUUAAGGAUCUACAUCAAAGACAAGUGAUGAAUAACCAGGAGGACUCUGCUCUGUUUUUCCGGCUGAGUAUUGACAUCUCCGUGGCUAUGUUCGAGCACGAAUGCCAAAACCUAACUGGAAAUCUCGAUGAAGCUUUCUUAUACAUUGAUGCUUUAGCGAAACUGGUUAUUUUGCUGGUAAAAUUCCAAGGUGAGAGCGAUGGUGCGGUUAAAAGAAGCAAGCCGGCCUAUCUCAACUCAAUCCUUUCAUUGCUAGUAUUGGUCUUAAAUCACCAUCAAGUGAUGCGGGGCGAUAAUUUCAACCAGCGAGUCUUUUUCAGGCUUUUCUCCAGCAUUCUCUGUGAAUAUGCGAUGAGUGGACUUCCUCAAACCGAGCAACACAAGGAAAUGAUGCACGUUUUCUCCGAUAAAAUUUUGUCCUUGCAGCCUAAACAUUGCCCCGGUUUCGUCUAUGGUUGGCUAUCGUUAAUUUCACAUCGGGUGUUCAUGGCAGGCAUGCUUACUAUGGAAGACCAGUCGGGCUGGGAGUCAUUCUGCGAAAUUGUUCAAGUUAUGAUAUCCUAUAUUGGUGAACAAUUGAAGCCAGGAAACGUUUCAUUUGUGGCAAAGGAUCUAUACAAAGGCGUUUUGCGGAUUUUGCUAAUAUUGCAUCACGAUUUCCCCGAGUUCGUUGCGGAGAACCAUUUCCGAUUUUGCACUGUUAUCCCUGCACAUUGCAGCCAACUCCGAAAUUUGGUAUUAAGCGCAUACCCAUCGUCAUUUCAGAAACUCCCCGACCCAUUCAGAGACGGCCUAAGGGUUGACCGGUUGGACGAAAUUCGACAGGCACCUAAAAUCUCUGGAGACAUUAUUGCGCCCCUCCAGAAUGCUAAUGUGAAGAAUGCCGUUGAUAAUGCCUUGAAGAAUAUCUCAGCCACAGAUUCCGCUGUUCAACAGAUUUGCGAUGCCAUCUACAACCCUUCAAUAAAUUCUACUGGUCUUUAUUUUGCUCCUGUCAGCGUGGACGUCGUUCUCCUAGAGGCCCUCGUGCUCUAUAUUGGUCAAAGCGCCGUUUCCUCUCCGAGCUCGAAGGAAGGGAGUAUCCCUCCAUCUGUUUUGUUGGAGAAACUCGUGGAGGUCUUCAACCCGGAAGCCCGCUAUUACUUCCUUAGUUCAAUAGCAAAUCAACUGCGGUACCCGAACAGUCAUACCUAUUACUUCAGUAACAUGAUGCUGGAGUUGUUCGGGUCCAACCAGUCAGAGCAGGGAGGGACUGACAUCCGGGAACAAAUCAUCCGGGUGCUACUUGAACGACUGAUUGUCCACCGCCCGCAUCCGUGGGGGCUAAUUAUCACAUUACAAGAGCUUCUACAAAAUGGCACUUACCCGUUUUUCCGCCUGCCAUUCAUCCAGGCUGCUCCAGAGAUUGGUCGUCUCUUUGAAGCCCUUCUCCAACACAUUCAACAGCAAAGCCCUCGUCCAUCUUAG